CGAAAGAACUUCGCAUUUCGAAUCGCUUAUUUGGGAUCAAGUCAACCCUCAAUUAUGAUCGCGUUUGGACCGGUAAAUUCGAAAAAAGUCAGCCAAUCGUUGAUAGAGGAUCUCCUACUCUAUCUCGACUAGACUCCCACCAUGGCUUGGAAAAAAGGUAUACUAUAAAAAUCUGCGGUCAACAAUUCUUUCAGUUCCAAGGUUGCAAAAUCUUCAGACAGGUAUACGCGCACAAGUAUAUUCAACACUCAGGAAUGAGGGUUCUGAUUCUGCUCCUGCUGGCAGCGGGGUCCUCCGCUGUCCCUGUGACUUACAUGCACGCUGCGAUUCAGUUUGCACGAGGAUACAAAAGUUCAGCGAUACAUCCCGAACCGGACGUCGUUCUUUCGGAGUACGACUUCGUGAUCGUCGGUGCUGGACCAGCCGGAUGUGUUCUCGCCAACAGGCUCUCCGAGGUUCCAGAAUGGAAGGUUCUUCUGAUAGAAGCUGGUCGCUAUGAAACCUUUCUAUCGGACGUACCCAUAUUGGUCAGCUACUUCCAAUUCACCGACUAUAAUUGGCACCACUUGAUGGAACGUCAAGAGGGCGUUUGCGAAGGAAUGACAGAAGGUAGAUGCCAUUGGCCUCGAGGUCGCGGUGUAGGAGGCUCCAGUAUAAUAAACUACAUGAUUUACACCCGGGGUAAUCGGCAAGACUUUCUUGACCUCGAAGCAGCCGGAAACUACGGCUGGAGUCCGAAUGAGACGCUCCACUAUUACAUGAAAAGUGAAAAGGCGAAGAUCGCCGCUCAUCCUAAUUCACCGUAUCACAAUCGCUACGGGUACCUCAACGUCGAAGAUGUUCCAUACAGAUCCGAUAUGUCUGGGACUUUUCUCCGGGCGGCUGAAGAAGCGGGGCACAAGGUUCUCGACUAUAACGGCGAGGACCAGCUCGGCUUUUCCUACGUACAAUCGACGCUAAGAAACGGAAGGAGGUGCAGCGCAGCCAAAGCGUUCCUCAGACCGAUAAUAGGGAGACCCAAUUUGCACGUGAUAGCGAACACCAGAGUAACGAAAAUCCUGAUACACGAAAGAACCAAAGUUGCCUACGGUGUUGAAUUCAUAAGGAAGAGGCAACGGACCAGAGUUUUCACCAGGAAGGAAGUGAUCCUGUCGAGCGGCGCGUUCAAUUCCCCGCAACUCUUGAUGCUCUCCGGCGUGGGGCCAAAGGAACACCUUGAAGAAUUGGGGAUUCCGGUAAUCCAGAACCUUAGAGUGGGCAAAAAUCUUCAAGAUCACGUCUGUUACUUGGGCUUAACCUUCUUGGUAUCGAAUCUCAGAGAGAGUAUAAAUGAAAAAAUACUCUUCUCGAAUCCGAACUAUUUCGUCCAAUGGUUGAAUGGUUACGGUCCUUUGUCGCUGAUCGGUGGCGUAGAGACAAUCGGCUACGUCAAGACAGAACAUAACAAGUUCGCCGGUAAUCAGCCGGACAUCGAACUAUUCACUUUGUUCGGAUCUUUGGCAACUGACGGCGGGGGAACCUACCGUAAAAGUUUCCACAUAGAUGAUGAAAAUUACAACGCAGUUUUUCGUGAGAUCGAUUACGCGGACACUUUCACGAUAGUUCCAAUGCUGCUGCACCCGGUCAGCAAGGGCGAGCUAUUGCUGAAGAGUCGGGACCCUUUCGCGUGGCCGAAAUUCUACGGGAAUUACUACACCUCGGAUAUAGACGUGAAAACAAUGAUCGCAGGAAUCAAGGAGGGAAUUCGCCUAGCUUCGACGAAAGCCUUCUCGAUUUACAAGCCUCGCAUACACACCGCCAAGUUCCCAAGAUGCAGGCAAUACGUUUUCGGUACCGACGAAUAUUGGGAAUGUGCUAUUCGUACGAUCACUACGACUCUCCACCACCAGGUUGGCACCUGCAAAAUGGGACCAAAAUCCGAUCCAGAAGCCGUCGUCGAUCCCGAGCUCAGAGUUCACGGUAUCGAAUUUCUGAGGGUGGCGGACACUUCGAUUAUUCCAAAAUCAUGGAGCGCCCAUACGAACGCACCGUCUUUCAUGAUAGGAGAAAAGGCGGCUGACAUGAUCAAGAAGACUUGGAAGAGACUUUGAAUGACGAAAAAAGAAGGAAAAAAAAUGGCUGCCAUAUCAACAGUCGUGCGAAAUUGCAAAAUUUUCACGACUUACAAUUUAGGAAACUUGGUUGUAUCAUAUUGAGUACCUAUUAUCGACAUCAUUUUACUGGAGUUCACUCGAUAACCGAGCAAUUUCAUGUUUAACAUUACUUAUUAACAUUAAUAUCACCAUGACUGAUGAAAAUCAUCCUAAAAUCUACAGAAUCACGCAUUCACCUCUGUAGUGACGAAUUUUAUUAUUUUUAUCAACCGUUGUUGUGUUAUUAUCAUCGAUGAUCCAAUGUUGCGAUCGCAUUAUUUCGCUCGACCAUAACACGUGGAAGAAAAAAGAACAAAUCUCGCUAAUAAUUUAUAAUCAUUCAAGUUAAGAAACAUGAGAUGUAGUCGUAGUUGUAAUCUCUAAUAGAUGACUGUGGAUGUAUAAUACGAACGAAAAGAUUGAAUCAAAAUAAAAGCUCAUCCAUUACUCUUA